UGAGUCAGGUGUUUGUUUAGUGUAAAUAAGCAGUAUGACAAAUUUGCUCAUGAAAAUUUGGUGUUAUUGUAUUAAGUCUGUUAAGGAGGAGGAUUGAGCAAUACGCUACAAUACCUGACAUCACGUGUGCCUCAUUACAAAUUUGCUUUGGUGUAGCCCUCUCUUAGCUAAGGCGUUUUAAGUCAGUCACAUCACACACCUUAUAUUUCAGCACACCUCACAAAAGAUAAAGCAAUCCUGAGCGAUGCGGAGGCGAGCGCUUGCUCUUCCAGCAAUCCUGAUUUCCUAUAGUCUGAUUUAUAUUUUAAUUUGGAACAAGAGUUCGGAAAAAUGGCUUAGAACUUUUCCAAGUUUCCAGGCAUUCAAUAACCCUAAAAGGAUUUCGGAAUUAUUUUGGAGCAGUGGAGAAGAAAUCAGAGAAAAUCUUCUCAGCAGUACUGUGGUUAGUAAACCUUCUCUGUAUUUGUCUUCAACCACAAAUAGAAACAGAAAAGGAUCAUCAGAGUAUCGUAGAACUUCAAGUCCAUCGGAGCUUAAACGUCAGAUCAACAUAACCCCGAUUCCCAUCAUCUAUAAGGAGAAUUUCACAAAGCUGCCCAAGUGGGACUUCGAGGAUGUUUAUGUUCAGAGCAGCGAAGCUCGUCGGCCGGUCUGCUCUGCGUCUCUGCAGAACUCCAAAGAUGAAAAGUUUCAGAAGGCUGCGAUGUGGAACAUCCAGCUUUGGUUUCACAAUGGCCACCUCGAUGUGAGAGAGUGGAACCGUCUAGCGCACUUCAACAACCCCUUUGGCUUUAUGGAAUAUAACUAUACUGUCAUAAAAAAGGCAGUCGAUCUGAUCCCCAAGCCUAUAUACAAUCAGCUUUUACCGGUGCCGAGUAACUCAGCAGACGGAUGUAUUCGCUGCGCUGUUGUUGGCACUGGUGGCAUUCUCAACGGCUCCAGAAUGGGCAAAGAGAUCGACUCUCACGAUUACAUCUUUCGAGUAAAUGGAGCAGUCACAAAAGGCUUUGAAGAAGACGUGGGGAAUAAAACCUCAGUGUACGUGCACACGUCAUUCUCUUUGAGCCAGGCCAUUUUUAACCUGGAAGAUUACGGCUUUCAACACAUUCCACAGGACGAGGGAAUUAAAUAUGUGAUGAUUCCAGAGGGUCUAAGAGAUUUCGAGUGGCUUGAUGGCCUCCUGCAGAAUGAAACGAUGACGUACGGAUCCUACAAUGGUUACGCGCCAUUAACCUUCUACAGUGACCGGCUCCAAAAGGACACAUUUUAUGUUCUUCAUCCUGACUUUCUACGAUAUGUUCGGAACAGAUUCCUGCCAUCUGAAAGACUAGAACAGCCGUACUGGGCUAUCUACAGACCAACCAAUGGAGCGUUCACGUUGUUCUUAGCUCUUCACACCUGCGAUAUUGUGGAUGUGUACGGAUUCAUCACUGAAGAUUACAGCAAAUACUCCAACUAUUACUUUGAACGAACCACAAAAACCAAUGUUAUUUUUUACCUCAAUCAUGACUACGAGCUGGAGAUAAAAACCUGGAAGAAGCUGCAUAAUGCUGGAAUCAUCAACCUUUACCAAAGACAGGAACAGUGAAGCCAGUCUGGCAGACAGACUUAAUGAUUUUAUUUCUGCAUCAGAUGAAUAUACACUACCACUCAAAAGUUUGGGAUGACUUGCAUAUUUCAGCUUGAUUUCAGCUACGGAGGAAGACUCCAUCAGCCAAUCCAUCUUAUGGGAGAUGGACAGGAAGCAUGGGGUGAAAUCUCAUCAGAUCAUCUUGAAAUAUUGACCGCUAGAAUGUCCAGGCUGUAAUUGCUGCAAAAGUGUUUUUUUUUGUUUUUUUAUGAAGGCAAAGUUUGAAGAAAACAUUCAUCAUUUCUAUCAAAAUCAUUAUUUCUCACUCUGACAUGUCAGCAUGUCUCUUCUAUUCAGACUAAUUUUAUGUCUGUUUCCUUGGAAUACAAUACAAUCCCAAACUUAUGAGCGGUAGUGUAAAUGCAUCCCGGUGUUUAUUAUUGUUAUUUCAGAUUGUCAUAUGGCUUUACUGGUAUUUACUGAAUGAUUGGGUCAUGCAUGAUUUGUUCCACAAUGUGGAGCAGUUCUACUUGCUACUUUACUCAUUUUUACCUUGUACUGGAUUUUUUAAUGUAAUGAAAAUAUGUUUUGAACAAAAUUUUCUUUGUGCUAUAUGAUGGAAUCCAAAAUAAUAUCCACAAAAAUAGGAAUUUGUCUGAUCUGUUUUGAACAUACACUGAUCUGCCAUAACAUUAUGACCAGUGCCAGGUGAGAUGAAUAAGACUGAUGAUCUCCUCAUCAUGGCACCUGUUAGUGGGUGGGAUAUAUUAGGCAGCAAGUGAACAUUUUGUCCUCAAAGUUGAGAAGCAGGAAAAAUGGAUAAGCGUAAGGAAAGCGAGUUUGAUGAAGGGCCAAAUUAUGAUGGCUAGACCACUGGAUCAGAGCAUUUCCAAAACUGCAGCUCUUGUGGGGUGUUCCCGGUCUGCAGUGGUCAGUAUCUAUCAAAAGUGCUCCAAGGAAGGAACAGUGGUGAACCGGAGACAGGGUCAUGGGUGGUCAAGUCUCAUUGAUGGAUGUGGGGAGUGAAGGCUGGACAGUGUGAUCCGAUCCAACAGACGAGCUACUGUUGCUCAAAUUGCUGAAGAAGUUAAUGCUGGUUCUGAUAGAAAGGUGUCAGAAUACACAGUGCAGGACGGGUCAGGGCUGUUUUGUCAGCAAAAGGGGCACUAACACAAUAUUAGGCAGGUGGUCAUAAUGUUAUGCCUGAUCAGUGUAUGCAUCUAUUGUGUAGACUUAUUUAUGUAGAAAUCCAGAUUUUUUUAAAAAAAACAAUGUUAAUAUAACUAUUAAAAUAAACCGUGUUUCUACUUUAAAAUGAA